AACUAAAACCUAACGUAACCUAAUCCGUGAGACGAAUAAUUUUGAAGCAAUUUGAAGUGAUUUCAAGUAAUUCGUAAUAGUCUAUCGAGGUGGAUAAUGACAGAUUUACUUGGUUAAAAAAGAUUAAAAUUUUCAAAGAGUUGAAAUCCGUAAUAUGUCGAAUGAAUUUGUGCAUUCUGUUACGGUCCCGCGUAUCUACAAAAUCACGGCCGAUAUUGUGCGCCGCGUGCGAGAAGAUGGUGCUAGCCUAAAAACGUUGAUUUACGAAAAAAAGCAUCCUAAUGUGGCCGGCAUAUACGGCCUCGCGGUCAACGUCUUACAAGCGUUACCUCAGUUAGACCAGCUGUUUGACAAGACCCAAAUUCUAACGGAACAACCGCGUCUGAAUCCCUGGUUAGCCAGAGUUCUCAUAACGGAGCUUUUAUGGCGCAAGAGAUGCUUGAAGAACCGCUCUAAGCCAGUCCUAACUGUCCUAGCUUACGAAAACAAACUACGGGAAGAGUCAAUAAACCUCGGCUACAUAAAAACUUUCGUCGAUCAUAAAGACAAAGUAAAAAGACCUAGAUACGUUCGUGUCAAUACUCUUCUGUUAUCAGUGGAAGAGGCAAUCUCCUUUUUUCAACAGGAUGGAUGGCAGUUAUUACCCAAAAGUACAACACAUUCUUCAUAUCUACAAUCCUUGUCGCAAUUAUCAAAGCCGUAUUUUAUACAAGAUCUGCAUAUACCAGAAAUGUUAGCUUUUCCGCCUUCGACAAUCUUUCACGAUCACAGCGGCUAUCGCAAUGGCAAGCUUAUUCUUCAAGAUAAGGCUAGCAGUUUGCCGGUGCAUUUGUUGAAUCCUAUUAGUGGUUCUACAGUGUUGGAUAUGUGCGCUGCGCCCGGAAUGAAAGCUACUCAUGUGGCAGCAAAACUGCAAAAUAAUGGAAAAAUUUAUGCCGUGGAGAUUGAUGCUAAAAGAUUUAAAACCUUACUCACUCAGAUAGAAAAGACUCAUGCUCUCUGUGUGGAGCCUCUUAAUCAAGACGUUUUAACUCUCGAUCCAAAAUUGUAUUCACACGUGGAAUACAUUUUAGUCGAUCCAACUUGUUCUGGAUCAGGCAUUAUUGAUAGACCAAAACAGAGCGAAAUGGAUGGAACGCCCGAACCAAAGCGCUUGAAAAAUUUACAAUCGUUUCAAGUUUAUCUUUUGAGAUAUGCGCUGUUCAAUUUUCCAAACGCGAAAAGAAUAACCUACAGCACAUGUUCUCUACAUCCCGAAGAGAAUGAGGAAGUAGUAGACGAAGUUCUGGCUAAUGUUGGAAAUGCUUACCGUUUGCUACCAGUUAGGCAAUUGCUCAAAAAUGACUGGACAAACUUCAGCUCGAAAAAAUACAACUGCGAAGAUCUAUGUUUGUAUUCGAGGCCAGAUGAUGAUUUUUGCAAUGGUUUUUUCGUAGCAGUAUUUGAGAGAAAUUUUGAUGUGACUCUGCCAAAGUGCAAACUUAAAGGGGGUAACGAAUAUAGUAUGAAUCUUAUUGGGACUAAUUUGAAUAUCAAGAAAGAUGACAUGGCGAAAACAUCAGCACAUCAACAAGAGAAAUGUGAAAAGAAGAAGAAGAAGAAGAAAAAGGAAGAGAAGAAAGUAAUUUCAAUGAGUGAUGAACAAAUGAAGAUAUCGGCAGAUAUUGUUGAAUUUGAAGUACCUGACAUAGAUAGUAAAAUAAAAGCAAAAAGUAAAAAAGAAAUUGAAAAAAUGGAUGUUUGCAAUGAUUCAUUUAAUUUUAAUAAAGCAUUGAAUGAAUCUAAAGAUAUACAAGAGGAGACAUUGGAUGUCAUGGAAACGAAAAAAUCGAGGAAGAAAAGAAAAUCGAAGCAUGAAAAUACACUUCAAGAAACUGAUUAUGACGAAAAAGAGCAAAAUAAGGAAAUUGAAGUUGAACUGCCAAAGAUAAAAAAGAAAAAAGAAAAUAAAGGAAUCAAGAUUGAUAAAAUUCAUAAAAUAGAGCAAGCGGAAGAAACUGUAAUUGGACCAUCAAAGAAGAGGAAAAAAAGUAAAGAGAUUUAUUAA